GGCGAAGCCUAUAUGCCAGAAACAAUGGCAUCUAAGCCUCCCAUCAGGACGCCUAUAUCUUGUACCUUUUGUCGCCAGAAAAAGUUGAGAUGUGAUCGUCUCCAGCCUUGUAGCAGCUGUACCAAGCGUGGAUUGGGAUGCGUCUAUGCUCAAAUUCCCUCAUCAGCUCCCCGGCGGAAUGGAUCUACUCAGCCUCGGCAGUUGACCCAACGGAUCCGUCAGCUGGAGGACCUAGUGGUAGCUUUGCAAAAGGGCGAACCCCCUCAAAGGCUAGAGAACCCGGACCACCCAGCGCAUAAAAGCAAAGAUUCCCUGGCAGCUAGCCCGGAGACGGUGACCAACUCCUUUGGUAGCCUGCGGGUCGAUCACACGGGCAUGACUUAUGUCUCAGGGGCGCAUUGGACCGCACUGCAAGACAGUAUUGCCGAGCUCAAAGAGUGUGUUGAAUUAGGGCCAUCAAUUCCGCCCUCCCGGGGUGAUCACGGGUCCGCCCUUCUCCGGGGCGUGUCUCCGCCCGGCGGAAUAGCGGAGGUCCUGGGCCACCUCCCGCCAAGACCGACCGUCGAUCGGUUGGUGUCGCGAUUUUUCAGUUCGAUGGAGCCGGGUAUUCUUGUCCUGCAUUCUCCAACAUUCCAGAAAGAAUAUGACCAAUUCUGGACUCAUCCACAGGAUGUCAAUCUGGCAUGGCUGAGUAUCCUCUUCAGUAUCAUGUGCCUGGCGAUCCACCAUCACCAGCUUACUGAGGGCCACAGACCAGAUCCGAUUGGCGAUACUCAUGGGCUGUGUGAUGAUUUCCGGCAACAAGCUGCCUAUUGCCUCAUCGACAACAAGUACACAACUCCGACGAAGUAUACCAUAGAAGCUCUAAUGUUCUAUGCGCAGACAGAGUACUUCCGGGGAGAGGAGUUUCAUCAUGAAGUCUGGUUAUUAAUGGGAAUCGUCAACCGUCUGGCCAUGCGGACUGGCCUGCAUCGGGACGGUUCCCGCUACCCAGAGCUCUCGUGCUUUGCAGCCGAAAUGCGACGACGCAUCUGGACGCUCAUGUCCCAGCUGGAUGCACUUAUAUCGUUUCAGCUGGGUCUGCCCCGAAUGAUCUAUGACGGGCUAGCAGAUACACAGCCGCCGCGCAAUCUGCUGGACGAGGAUUUCUCUGAGGACUCAACGAGCUUGCCACCACCCCGUCCCGACGCAGCGUUUACCCCGGUGGCUUAUUUGAUCGCGAAGAGUCGACUUUCCAGGGUAUUUGGUCUUGUGAUUGACCAUGCUGCAUCCACCACACCUAUCCCGUCUGCACUCAUAUAUCAACUCGACAAGCAGCUGAACGAGUCCUAUGCCGCUGUUCCAGUAUGUCUCCAAUUCCGCAGUGUAUCGGAGUCUGUUACGGCAUCGCCCCGUAUCGUCAUGCUGCGUUAUAACCUGGAAAUCCUGUAUCAGAAGACGCGAUGUAUCCUCCAUCGUAAGUCUCUCUGCGAGGGCCGCUCGGAUGGUCGGUAUGCAGAGUCUCGACGUAUCUGUCUCGAUGCGGCAGUGAGGAUCCUGCAGCAUCAAGCGACUAUUGAUGUUCAGGUUCAAGCAGGAGGGGUACUGGGCCAAUGUCGCUGGUUCGUGACUUCCUUGGCCAAGAAUGAUUUUAUGCUGGCGGCAAUGGUGGUAUGCCUGGAGCUCCACUAUCUUGAGCGGGAAGGUGCACAAGGCGGGCAGACUGGAACGCCCGGAAGGGACGAACUGCUUCUUGCCCUCCAGACCUCGCAUCGGAUCUGGGCCCAGUAUAAGGAUGAGUCUGCAGAGGCCUGGCAAGCGUGGCAGUCAACCAGCAUUAUGCUGAGGAAGCUGAACGCCAACCGGAGACCGAGAUAG